AUGUGUUUGCAACCGAAUGGCUUGCGCGUUUUGUCGUUAAUUCCAGGCUUCUGCGCCAAGAUUGUUGGCUUGCAGCUCAAUAAUCUCUUCUUCUGUUCUUCUGUUCCGGAAGACGAAGGCCUCCUCGCAGACACUGACGCGCCCUCGAUGUUGCCAGAGCUUGUCGGGCCGGGGAUGUGUCUGCUCGGCGUGCAUCGUCCCACGUUCUGCCGCACUCUUGUCGCGGAAGCGCACAUCCACGGCGUGCAGAUUGUCCGGGGACACCAAGUUGUCGGGCUCACGCAGUCUGAGGAGAGUGUCGAAGUCGUCUUCGCCAAUGGCAAGAUCGACACUGCCAGCUCUGUCGUCGGCUGCGAUGGCCUGCACAGCAACACUCGCAUCAGCCUGUUUGGUGAGGAGAAAGCCGAUUUUACGGGCCUCACACAGACUGGCGGCUCAUCUCCGACCCCGAAGGCUUACCUGAACCGUCCUGGGGUGACAAAUUUAUACGGCAAUGGCGCACACAUGGUCUUCUAUCAGGUCAACGAAAAGCAGACAUCUUGGGCCGUUACUUUGCAAGAACCUGAGGCCAAGGAGACUUGGCGCGCAAUGGACGAAGAACGUCAACGGGAAUUCAGAGAAAGCCGUUUCAACAAGUGGGGAUUUGGUGGAGGAGAACUCGUCUCUAAUGCAAAGACCAUUGUCAAGGUAUGUCCGACGUAUUUGUUGGUUGCGAAAGUCUCACAUAAUAUGUGGGCACUAUGGAUUGUACGAGAGGCCUAA